UAGUCUCUAUAGUCACGGGCGGUGUGUGUGUAAUCGUCACUGGAGAUCAGCUGAUCGGAUCUGAUGCCUCUGUUUGAUCGGAUCUGAUCGUGAUGCAUCUGGCGGAUUUUAUCGCCGGUUCUGUCGGAGGAGCUUUUGGUGUGGCAGUGGGCUAUCCAUUAGACACAGUGAAGGUGAGAAUCCAGACACAGAGACAUUAUUCCAGUGUAUGGGAUUGUGUGAGAAGACUCUUCAGAAAUGAAGGAAUGUCGGGUUUCUACAGGGGGAUGUCGAUGCCUGUCACUACAGUGUCCGUCUGCUCUUCUCUGGUAUUCGGCACUUACAGAAACGUCCUGCAUCGUUUACACGCGCUGCGUGACAGACGCGCCGGUGACGCGCAUCAUAAGGCGGAUAUAUUUCUCGCCGGGUUCGCCGGUGGAGUCGCUCAGGUGUCGGUGAUGUCCCCUGCGGACAUUGUGAAAGUUCGUCUUCAGUGUCAGACCGAAGGACUUCAGAACAUGAGAUCGGACUCAAAGCUGAAAUACCGCGGUCCGCUUCACUGUGUGUUAAGUAUCGCGCGCCACGAGGGUGUGCGUGGACUCUACAGAGGCUCGGCUGCUUUGGCUCUGAGAGACGGACCUUCAUUCGCCACUUACUUUCUCACCUACAACACCAUCUGUGACCUGCUGUCUGCACACGACAAACAUGCAGAAUGGACUGUGAUUCUGUUUGCUGGUGGAGUGUCAGGUAUGUGCGGGUGGGCCGUUGGAACACCGAUGGAUGUGAUUAAAGCCCGUCUGCAGGUGGACGGUAUGAGCGGACCGCGGUACAGAGGAUUCAUUCACUGCAUAACAGACAGUGUGAAGACGGAAGGUCCAGCGGUUCUGUUUAAAGGUCUGUCUGUCAACUGCAUACGGGCUUUCCCAGUCAACAUGACCGUGUUUGCCACAUAUGAACUGGUGGUUCGAGUUCUGCGGACAGCGUCGUAGAUUGAAAA